CACCGCAGAUGUUUGGAAUCCAUCGCAAACAGCGCACGCGGCGUUCGAUCAUGUAUUAAUGGAUUUUAAAAUCUUUUAAGUGGCAUCUGUUUAUCGUACUAAAUCGAGAACGGUUUGUUUAUACUGUGGCCGAAUAAGAGCGAGUGAUUAAGUAAUUUUUAUAUAGUGAUUAGUAAUGGGUGCAGUGAAGAGUAGAUUGUCUAGGUGUUGGAACUCUGAUUGCGGAUGCUGCGGUUUGAGAGGCGUCGAUUCAUACGAUCUUAAAGAUCUGCCGCGACCACCGAGAUUGGACACUUCUAAUGAUGUCGUCGACGGAACAUGCCAAGGUGUCCUGGCAGUGCAAGGCAUCGAUUUCUGCAUCGAGACGAACGGGGAAAAUCAUCACACGAACAAAUUCAACCUCAUGACGAGAGAUGUUGACAGGUGUCUAGUUGUUCGACGAGGGCAGGCCUUUAAACUUGAUAUACUGCUAAACAGACCAUACGAUGCACGUAGAGACGCUGUUUCCUUCAUCUUUUAUGUGGGAGAUGUCGAGAAGCGUGGGCCGUCUGAUGAUACAUCAGCGGCCGUGCCAAUGCUGGAGAAAGGAUCAGAAACGCUUGGUUUAUGGAAUGCCGUCUAUGAAGGACAAAUGGAUUCUCACCUCAUAGUGGCUGUGACGCCAUCCGCUGACUGCAUAGUUGCUGCAUGGCGCAUAGAUGUAGACACUAGGUUGAAUGGUGGCAGCUCUCUUAGUUACACACAUCCCUUACCGAUAUAUGUUCUAUUCAACCCUUGGUGCUUGAAUGAUAGUGUUUAUAUGCCAGGUCAUAGUCACAGAGAAGAGUACGUGCAAGAAGACGGAGGUCUUAUGUUUAGAGGAGUUCAUAAUCGAAUAAAACCAACACCUUGGAACUACGCCCAAUAUGAGAAGGAUAUAUUAGAUUGUGCUCUGUAUUUGGUCAGGGAAAUUGGAAAGAUCAAAGGUCGAGCGAGAAGUGAUCCCAUCAGAACUGCUCGCGCCCUGUCCGCAGCGGUAAACGUGCAAGAUGAUAAUGGAGUAUUGUUUGGCAAUUGGGGCAAGGAGCUAAGCGAUUACAGCGGUGGUAAUCAUCCUCUAAAGUGGGUCGGUUCAUUGGACAUAUUGCAAAAAUAUUACUCAAAAAAGAAGCCAGUGAAAUACGCACAAUGCUGGGUUUAUGCUGGAGUUCUGACGACGAUUUGCAGAGCUUUGGGUAUUCCCUGUCGAUCCGUCACUGGAUAUGACGCAGCGCAUGACAGUCAGGGUAGUUUGACAAUUGACAUAAUCAAGGAUGAAGAUGGGAAUACGUUAGAGGAGUUCACCAGAGAUUCAGUAUGGAACUAUCAUGUGUGGAAUGAGGUGUGGAUGGAACGACCCGACCUAGGCCCGGAGUAUGGUGGGUGGCAGGCGAUAGACUCGACGCCGCAGGAGACGUCUGAAGAUGUGUACCGAUGUGGGCCUGCCUCUCUGAGAGCAGUGCGUGAUGGAGAACUUCAAAGGCCAUAUGAUGCAGCAUAUGUUUUCGCACAGGUCAACGCUGAUAAGGUGCUAUGGAAGUAUUCAGGAGAAAUACAGCCUCUGAAAUUAAUGGCGAGAGAUACAAUAUCGAUUGGACAAAAUAUUUCAACUAAAGCAAUUGGAAAAAUGGAGAGAGAGGACAUCACAACCUUGUACAAAUACCCGGAACGAACGCGGGAGGAGCGGUUGACAAUGGAGAAGGCUUUACGUAAAUCUGAGAGUAUUUUCGCGAGGUAUUACCUGAACGAUGCUUUCAAUGACGUCAUCUUCGACUUCGAGCUACGAGACGAUAUCAAGAUUGGACAGGAUUUCACAGUCGUAUUAAAUAUAAAGAAUCGGUCUACCGUCGACCAGCAUAAUGUAAAGGGUGUACUCCGAGUAGAUACGGUCACAUAUACUGGCGUGACAGGUGAUGGUGUGAAGAGAGAGGAGUUCGAUAAGGUGCUGGGUCCAGAGGGCAAAGAACGUAUAACAUUGAGAGUCACCUUUGAUGAUUAUUACAAGAAGUUGGUUGAUCAGGCGUCCUUCAACAUUGCAUGUCUCGCAACUAUAGUCGACAAAAACUUCGAUUACUUUGCGCAAGACGACUUCAGAGUUCGGAAUCCGGAUAUCAAGAUAUCAAUCGAGGAUAAACCGGUGUCUAAACAGGAGUUUACUGUCAAUGUCAAAGUGGAAAAUCCUUUGCCGAUACCAUUGAAGAACGCCAAGUUCUACAUACAAGGGCCAGGGCUUGAUCAACAACUUAAGAUAGAACUUGACCAGAACGUACCACCUGGUGAGUUUGCAACAGCCCAAUUCAAGAUCACACCGCCAUGGGCUGGCAGACACCAGAUUUCAGCUAAAUUUUCAUCCAAAGAAAUGCACGACGUUGACGGCUUCCUUUCCUUCAUUGUGGCGCCGCCGAUAACAAAUGGAAUCCCUCCGAUAGAUGGUGUGGAAAGCAGACAGCUGUAAUCAUUAAUUAGAAAUUUACAGUGUAAAGGAGGUCGUAUUAUUAAGAUAAACUUAAUUAAGCUUUAGAUUGGUUUAAGAAUAAAGUAUUGUGUCUCGUCA